UUUCUCACGCUGUCUUCAGUUUUUCUCAGCAACGUGAACCGUGCGGACGCAAACUGUUUACGCUCCUUCCGAACACCGCCAAGUGAUGCAUUUUGCUCAGUUUCUGACCAAAUUGUGACCGUGCUCGAUACCGUCUCCCCAGCAGCGUGGUAGUGAAAGGUGAAAGGAAAACCCGGAUAGUAGUGCGUGAGGCGUGAAAAAUCAUUCCAUCACCACCGUGUGGAAGCGGCUGGCUCAACUGGCUCCCGUGUGCGUUGUGCUCGCUCUCUUGUGUGCGUGAAUGCUGCUCCGUGACAUCAUCAUCGUCAUCAUCAAACAUCAUCAUCUGGGAGCGUUUGCAUAGUUUGGUGAAUAGUAAGCGGGUGCCGAACACGCGUACCUAGUGACAGAGAGUUGUUAAAAUCUUUGUUUAAAAACGGAUUUGUGAAGUGUGUUUUAAUUUGAAAAGUUUAUAAAUUCAACAAAAAGUACGAACAUCAGUACCAGACACCGGAAAACACAAAUCAUCAUCUCCAAUUUCAGUCGUGAAGUGAAGAAAAGAAUUCAAUUUAAUACGAAGUUUGGCGAAGUUUAGUAAAACCGGAAGUUAGCUAGGACUCCUGGUCCGGAUACAGCAAACGGAGUGCAAUCAGUUGUGAUAUUAUUAUUUACUUAUUUAUUACUAAAAGAAAAUCAUCCUUUUCUCAGUGAUCGGUGAACAGAUCGAUAGCGGUGACCUGUGUGUGUGUGUGUGAGUGAUAAAAGCAAAGAAAAUCUAACUGUGGUAGAAAAAUAUUACACUUUCUAAACCACAGCAAAGUUUCGUGGUGUGCAGAGGUGAUAUUUUAGUAAAAGCGUAGGACCGGGAAAACAACCCAACCACAUUCCACAUCACCAUGGAGUUUCGCUUCAACAUGCAUCCGCUGUUCCGGUCGCGGAUUGUCCGGAUAAACAACUCGCUGCUGCCGACCGGCUUUACCGCACAGUCUCGUCGUGUUGCACUCGAUGCUACGGCACAGAUAUCGGAGAUCAUUAACACGGUCGGCUCGAUGUCGGCCCAGGCACAGGGUUUGUCCGUACCGGUAACGACCGCUCAGAAGCUGCGCAACUCGGACCAUCACAUCUACCUGAUGUUUGAGUCGGACGACAAAAAUGGUCUCGUCGUGGGCAUCCUGAAGGUGGGCCGCAAGUCACUGUACGUGUUCGACCCGUCCGGUGAGACGGUGAACGUGACGGCCCCGUGUGUGCUGGACUUUUACGUGCACGAAUCGCGCCAACGCGGCGGUCUCGGCCGUGAACUGUUCGAGCAUAUGUUACGCGAGGAAAACAUACAGCCGGACGAGCUGGCCAUCGAUCGGCCGUCGGAGAAGCUGCUCGGUUUCCUGCAGAAGCAUUACGGACUGUCAAAGAAGAUUCCACAGAUGAACAACUUUGUCGUGUACGAAGGCUUCUUUGCGAGCAAGGCACACAACUCUUCCGACAUCGAUGGCCGUCGCAUGCACAUUACCGCUAGUCCUAACACGAAUCUGUUCGGGCCAACGUUCACGACGACGGAGGAAAGACGUCGAUCGACCUCGCAGACCCGAACGAACGUUGCACCGAUGCCGAUCAUCGCCCAACCUCCUGUCGGUCGGUAUGCGGCCAAACGGCCAACCUGCAGCAUGGCACAGAUAAUUCACAACAGUCCGACAGCAGUGUCCACGGAACCGAACAGCACCGCUAACUCUAACGCUAAUGGGCACGCUAACGGUGGUCACGGGGAGGUUGACGACGACGACGAGCAUCAGCACCGGUACGAGACGGAUUCGAUCGAUGGUGGUGAGGAGCAGCGGUUGGCGGACGAGAUGCAACGCAUCGAACUGCACCCGGCGGUCGGAACCGGCGUCGGUACCGGUGAUGAUGCGCCGAACGCACCGCACCACACGCACGCGCUGGAAGUCAAGUUUGCCGACCAGCCGGAAACGCUACCGUACGAGGACAUGCCCGAGCCCGGCCCCGACCCGGACCCGUACGACUUUCAUCCGCACCAUCUUGAGCUGCAGCACGACGAUGCGGACGGUGGUGGAUCGCACCAUUCCUUAUCGCCUCAAUCUGUCAGCCAGCAGGCAACGCCGGAACAUCCGUCGGGUGGUGGCGGUGGCGAGUACGGGAUGCCGGGCGGUGGACGGAAGCCGGCCCGCUACACGAAGCAGCACACGGGCCUGAAGAAUAUAUCGUUCGGUGUUGGGGCGGCCGUGAUGCCGAGCGGCAAGAUGGAGUUCGAUCAGGAGGAAAACGAAGGCUUCGGGUCGGUGAAGAUUAAUCGGCCGAUCGGGAAGUCGGGAACGCGUGGCAGUCUGCACGAUGAUAAUGAGUCGGUUUACUCGAACGGAAGCCAGCAGGGUGCUGGUGGUGGUGGUGGACACUUUGAUCUGAAGUUUUACCACAACAAGCUGUGGUAAAGAAGGAACACCCGUGAGCGGUGGAAGUUACCAAAGAGACAACACGGAGUAGAGAUUGGCGUGAGGAACACUGGUUUGAAGUAGAAUUUAGGAACGAUCCUCAGAAAACCUAAAGAAGGAUGAAGUAGUUAGUGACGCGUACAAAAGCAGGGAAGCUUGUUGAAUGAUCUGAAUCUUGCCCCGCCGCUGCUUCUUGACAUUUUGUUACGUAGGGCUUCCUUAGGUGUUUGCCGAGUGUUGGCCGCGUUUGUUGAGUUUUUGUUGUGUUGGUUUUGACUUUCGUUGGAUCGGUUGAGGACUCCUGUUGUUAGCCUGUGGUCUGGUUUGUUUUGCCUACACCCGUUAGUUUGUGUAUGUGUGUGUGGUUGUUUCGCUUGUGUUUCGUGUGUUGUAACUUUCAUCACCGCCAUCCGCUUUCGUUGCAGCAAUGUGCAGCAGGACUUUCUGAAGGAUUACAUUUUACAUUGACAUGUGAGUCGUGCGUAAGCUCCCCUGCUAGAAGCGGGGCCUCUCCAACCUGAAUCUCAUAUACACACAGCACAUAAUAGGUCAUGAGAGAAUUACCAAUGAAAGAAAAGGAGAUCUGUUGUAGCUAACAGUAACAAAGAGGUAGAAGAAAGAAAAACGCGUUACCUGCCGAUCUUUGCCGACAUUAUCAACAUCAUCGUGGUACAACAAAUAGCAGCCGUUUUAGAACAGACUCAAAACAGUCCUCGUUAGCGUGUAAUAUCUCCAUCGCGGACUCUUUCGAAAAUGUACGUACUGCAGCAUUAUUUGCAGUAUUCGUGUUAGUGGUAGUAGAACUGUCCCCGGAUUUCCUCCAAUAUUGCGCAAAGUCCCGAUGUAGGUAGAGCGUGGUCAGAUUCAUAUAGAGACCCUCCCUUCCGCUUCAUUCCCGCUACGCAUACAUAUAUUUCUCUCCUAUUCGAUAUCUAUGAAUGGACGUUUUGAAAAAAUAAACCAAACAUCGGAAAGAAAUGUUUAGAACUACUGAAAA